AGUCUAGUGCUGCCCAUAUGAGCGCAAGGACACGCGUUGUGUGUACCGGAAAAAAAAAUCAAAUAAAGCAGUGACUUGACCAAAAAGUGUUGUCAGAGUGUUGUGAAGCCGUCAAUAUACAUAUAAAACCAAAAACACAACAAUACAAUUAGCUGGCCGUCUUUGUUGGCCAACAUGUAAAUGGCCAAAAGCCGAGCACCUCCAACUGCGUGUGUGUGUGUAUGCUGAAAACUUAAAGCAAACAGUGCCUGCGACAUAAACAAAACGAAGCAAACAAAGAAAAGACGGAUUUCUCUCUCAAGCGAAUAAAAAAAACCAAAACAAAGCAAAGCAAAAAAACAAAAAAAAAAACACAAAACAAAACAAAAAACCAAAAGCGAAACUUAAACGUCUGCAUAUUAAUCAGAGCUGCCCUCCGAGCAGGACAACUUAUCACCAAGGAUUUGCAGGCGCCGCGCACAAAAGCCGCUUAGACAUCGGGGACGGCAGUGUGCCCAAAGGCAACGCUAAUCAACGGCCACAGGAACGAAGACAAAACCAGCUCCGCUAUCCUCCUGCUGCUGAUGGUGCUACUGUUGCUGGCCACGCCUCUUAGCCCCUCUUAGCCCGGCCUCAACAUCAGCUAGCAAGUAGAAACGUCGCCUCAUUUGGCCACUGUGGAUUAUGUUAAUUAGAUUUUAAGCACGCGAUGACGACAACGACGCCAGGGGAACAAUUGACGUUGUAAUGCGACAACGGUUGACUGCAACAAGAACAACAAGAACAACAACAAUAACAACAAACAAGAAGCGGCAACAAACACAGGUGAAGCGAUGCGCGCUUUUUAAUUGACAUUUGUUGAAGUUGAGCAGCGUUUGUGCAGCAAUUAGCGAAAAAAAAAACACAAAGAGAGUCGGAGAGGGAAAAGAUAAAAACGUAAAACAAUUGCGAAGAGCAAAAUAUAAAAAAUACAAGACACAACAAUUGAAAAGGUGAUGGCCAAGUUGAUAUUUAAUUAAAAACUCUGCAUUUUUAGAGGCGACGCUGAAAAGUAGGCAACGCUUUUUAAACCAACAUGGCCGCCAAGGCGCAAGGAACGCCAAAGCUGUCAAACUGUUGACAGUUGUCACAUGGUCGACCCGGGGCCCUCCCAAAAAAAAAGGGCAGCUCGGCUGGUACGUGAGUGCAUGAAUGAAUGAAGAAAUGAAUGUUGUCCAAAUGGCAGCAGGCAGCAAAUGAAUGAAACGUUCGAAACGUUGGCCAUUCACAUAUAUAUUCAAAAGUUGAGGCAACGCGCUAAACGUUUGCACGUACUGCGCAUAAAUUCCAAGUGAAAUUAAAGGCGAAAACCAUAAAAAAAAAGGGAAACGAGUCUAAAACAAACGAGCCAAAAACACAAAAAAAAAAAACAGAGACAAAAAAUGAAGCCCACCCGCAACUGUGAUCUGGCAGGAAUGUGCUUAGUUUGGGCCUUGCUGCUGUGCAGCAGCGUGCUGGCCAUAUCCUUAACGAAUGCAGCCGCCGAGCAGCAGGAGUUGCAACUAUCGCGACAACAUCUCAGCUUUCAGAGCGUGCAUCGCAUGCUGCGCGAUGAACACGAGCCGGCCAACUAUAAAAGCGAACUGCGCUACAAACACAAACGCGAUAUACAAACACUACAUGAGUUGCAUAAGCGUGAGGUUGCAACAGCAACUGCAGCAGCAACGUGGCUUAAUCUCUCCAGUCAAGGACUGACUGAGUAUGACAGCCAGAAGAACUACCAGGGCCAGUUGGAGCUGGUGACACGCCUAGAUGUGAGCCACAAUCAACUGAGCAGUCUGCAACUGAGCAACUUCAGCCAGUUGCAACAUUUGAAUGUGAGCAACAAUUCGCUGAGUGUGUUGCCCACAAUUAGCUCCACGCUGAUCACUUUGGAUCUAUCCUGCAAUCGCUUAAGUCAGCUCAGUGGCAGCUUUUUUGAGCAGCGCAUGCCGCAGCUGAAGCAACUCAAUCUGGCCCACAAUCAGCUGGGCAAGACAAUAGGACGUCAGGCAUUCUACAAUUUGAUCAGCCUGCAAACACUCCAGCUGAGCUGGAACAACAUCGCAGAUAUCGACUAUGAGACAUUUCUGGCGCUGCCGAGCUUGCAGCAUUUGGACCUGUCGCACAAUCAGCUGAGCGGCUCGGCUAUACGCGCUUUGCAGGGUAUACCGGAUCUGGUUAGCCUGUCAAUUGCACACAAUCCGCAGGUGGGCGCCGCAAUGCAGGAGUUUGUCGCCUCCUGGAGUCUCAAGGAGCUGGAUGCCAGCGGCACGGGCCUCUGCCAGGUGCCAGCUGCACUCGCACAAUCUGUGCGUACGCUCAAACUGUCUCACAAUUGGCUCAAGUCAAUUAACUGUGGCGAUUUGGACAGCUAUCCCUUGUUGCAGUACCUGGAUUUGUCACACUCACGCAUUGCUCAGGUGGAGGACGAUGCGCUUGGUCGCUUGGAGCUGCUCGAAUUGCUCUUUCUGGAUCACAAUAAUCUGGUGCGUGUGCCAAACGAUUUGCCCCCAUCGCUGGAGCAUCUCUUUGUGCAGCACAAUCGCAUUAUGGAGUUGCAACCGCAAUCAUUUGUCGGCCUCAAGAAUUUGAAAACACUGGACAUGUCGGGCAAUCGUUUGUUGUAUUUACCGGCACUGCCGCUGCCCAAUCUGCUAACACUGAAUCUGCAGUCGGCGGGCAUUGAGAGCGUCAGUCAGUCGAUUGUGCACACUUUGCCCCAACUGCGCGAUCUACUCCUCGAGGAUAAUCCGAUCAGGUGCAGCGAUCUCUUGGGCAUGGCCGAGUGGGCCAGUCCCUGCCGCAGUCCCGAUUUGGGUCAAUUGACGGGCAGCAUUGAUUUGAAGCAGCGCUAUGUGCAAUUGCAGCACUUCAACGAUAAAUAUUGCAGUUGCUGUGGGCGAAAUGAAUCUGAGGCAGCAGUGGAGUCAGCAAUGCCCCCAGCUUGUGGCAUACUAUCAGCAACAACAACGCAACGAACUGUGCCAAAAGUGCAAAAGUCAAAGGCACUACUUACAACAGCAACAGCAACAACAACAACAGCAACAACAACAACAACAAAAACCACAACAAAAACAACAACUAUGCAAUCAAACGGCAACAACAUUGCGUUGCUAACCGCAAAAACUUUUGGGCCAGCUGAAACAACUUCGUUAGUGCAAGAGCAGAGUCAGCAAAUGCCGACCAUGCCAACUGCAACAAAAACAGCAACAGCAGCAGUAGCAACAGCAACUGCACCAACAACAGUUGCCAGUCGAACAGCCGCAAGCAUACCAAGUUUGUACCACGCUGAAGCAGCAGCAACAGCAACACGCGCUGAGAAGCGAAAAAACAUUUUGGCAACCAGCUUAACAGAAAGAGAAACAACAACAACAGCAACAACAACAGCAGCAGCAGCAGCAGCGCCGCCGCUUAGACUCGCCAUGCCAACAGACAUUAGCAAUGUUGCUGUGGUCGCCACAACAACGAGAGCAGCAACAGCAACAGCAUCGCAGACUACAACAAUCCUGCCCCUUUUAAGUUCUAACAUUGCAAAACAUGAGGAAGACACAAAAAAUGUUGAUAAAGCAGCCAAGAGUUUAUUAAAACAGACAGCAGGCAAAAGAGCAACAAUAACAACAAAGCAUAGGGACAGUUCCGGUCAGGAGACAAAGUUGGUGGAGAAGCCCAUGCAACAUAAACAUGCCACGUUGCAGCUGAAUAUUAAGGAUCGCCAUUUAAUCGGCACACCGCUGCUGAUGCACCAGGGCGACAAUCUGCUGGUGGAUGCAGAACAGUUGCUACUACCAGGCACGGCGACAGUGGCGGAUGCGGAAACAGCAUUCGGUGCCAGCCAGCAGCAGCAUCAGCAGCCAGCACAGGAAGCGACUGAUAAGCGACAGUCAGCGGAAGAAAUAAAUGGCGACACAAGGACGGCAACACAUGAAAUGGAGAUGAAUAGGAAACUUGAGACGGAGUCGGAGUCGGACACAAAGCUGCACAAGAAGAAGCCGACGCUGAGCAUUAAGAAAAUGACCUACACCACUUACAAACAUACAGCAGAAACAUCUCCGCCAGCAGCAGCAGCAACAUAUCCGCCAGCAGCAGCUAUAUCUCCAACAGCAGCAGUAACAUCUCCGCAACAGCAUCAGCACAGCAGUGUGAAUACUCCUAAUGCUUUCAAACAGGAGCUGAAUACCUUUGCUCAACUCAAGGCAUUUGUGGAACUUAAAACGGAGGCAUCCAAGUCCGCCCAAUUGUUGGAUCAGCGACAGGAAAAGCAACAAACGCUAACUGGUAGUCAUCCCGGCCUGAUGUUACUUCUUUCCUGCAUCUUGGUCAUUGUCCUGCUCGCGGGACUAGCACACGUCUAUCGCUGUGAGCUGCCUUGGCAGCGCAAUGGCCGCACGGGUCAGAUGCGACCGCAUCACCAACAUCAUCAGCGCCAUCUGAAUGAGAGCGACGAUGUGCGCAGUUUCCUGCAUUAUCAGGGAUCGACAACGGGAUCGGUAUUGGGAUCAGUCGAUGCAGACCCUGCACGUCUGCACGCCUGGCAUCACAGCACCAGAAGGGAGGCACCCUACAGCUCCCCAUUGCAUAAUCUCCAGGCACGUGAGCUGCAGCGAGAGCAGCAGAAGCUACAGUUCUAUAGCGCCUCACUGGCGGACAGCUCCACUGCAUCCUCGGGCAGCAGUCGCAGCAGUCUGCACUCGCCCUCCAAUGAGGAUAACUACUACAUUGAGAUGGCGCCCAGCAUUCCAAUGCCAGCUGCUUCCCCUAUCUGCAUUCAAUCCAAUCUGCCCAUGGAGCUGUUGAGCAGCAAUUUGCGUCGCAAUGUGGACCGAGUUGCUGGUGAUGCAGUGGCUGCCACAGAGAUGGGUGGCUCGGCAACGACGCUGCGUUCGGUUAGCAGCAAACUGAUGGCGCCCAGCUCGCGACGCUUGAACAUCUGGUGACAAACCGUGUUUGGCCAGCGACAAUAUGCAACUUUUCAGUGAAAUCAGCAGCCGAAUGGCAUAUAUAGAUAUAUAGAAAAUAAUCAUUCUUUAUAGUUCUAAGAAAAGACAAAAUGAGUCAUGAGGGCAACCAGUCAAACUAAAAUGAAGAAAUACUCAA